ACGAUCUGGGAUGGGAGUGAACAAUGCAAUACGUCACUCCAAUCGCUGACUUUUAAGCAUCAGUAUUUGGGGAAAAAAUCAUUGACUCUUGUCAUGUAAGUCGUACAUCAAAUGGACGGGGUGCUUAUGCAUAUUUGUCCAACUGCAUUUGAAAGAAUUUACGAUCGACCGCAAAAUGUAAUCUGCGCCCGAUAUCGAUGUAAAGUAAUGCUGAACAACUAUAUGAUUAACAUCAAGUUUCUAUAUAUAUACAUCUACAUCUAAAGGAGCCGUAAAGUUAAUUAACUACUAAACGUAGUAACUAUAGUAUUUUGCGCCGUUGUUCCGGUUUAGUUAACCGAGCCUGGUUACGUAGGUAUAUGAAUAAGUAUAUAAACAGCGGAACUGUGUGAUCUCGCUAUAACCGAGACAGGUAUACAUACUACCACAGCAGAAGCGGGAACGACGUCGCCAUGCAGUACAACGCUAAGGACUUCGUGUGUGCGAUAUCUCUGAUAUUUUUUUUGUACCUACAACAUGGACCCUACGUAGAGUGCACGUGUGCCCUGUCUCAGAGGUCCACGGAAUCGUUCAGGGAUCUGAUGGUCGGACGGUGUCUUCAUUACCAAACCGUCUUUAACCCUGAACCAUUCUGCUCAGAACCAAAAAACUGCACUCAGCUGUGGGAGUUGUUCCUACAAGGGCUCGCCUACCAGGCCCCAUGCAACACAUCACAGGACGGCUUCCGGCCCUUCCUUGACGCGGCACACCACACAACACCGAGAGACAAGCAUCUGUUUUGGUCUGGGGUGUACGAGUUCGUUUCACGGUACACCUACGAUGGUCAAAAACUGACCGCCAUUGACGACACUCUAGCAGGUUACUUAGCAGACAAUCUGCAAUUUUGUGGAAGUACCACCUCAACGGAUGGGAACGAGGCUAACGUGACGUCGUGUCCCAGGUGCUCCCAGUCGGCUUACUCUGCGUUCUGGAGUAUUGCUUCAAUUGAGUAUGCACGGGAAGCCAAAGGAGCCAUCAAGGUAAUGCUGAACGCCAGUCGUAGCCCAGCGUUCAGAGAAUCAUCAUACUUUACAACCAAGGAACUGCCUCAGUUGUACCAUCCAAAUGUGACAAGCGCACAUGUGAUGCUCGUCCAUCGUCUGGGACAGACACCUAAAGAAAACUGCUUGAGUCCCUCAGUGAAGAAUCUGACCACGAUACUGACGUCACGAGGUAUUCACACGACGUGCGAGGACCAACCGAGAGACGUAGUACUGCUACAGUGUGCAGAUUUCCCGGAGUCCACAGCCUGUCGUGACCUGUCCUUUACCUCCUCCGGGUCAGCCAAGCAGCGCGGCCUAGUGGUCGCCAACGUUGUGUUGGCGUUUACUUCUGUAAUAUUGUCUUUAAUGUAACACUGCAAGGUCUUAUAAAGAAACCUAUCUGAACUAACUUUACGAGCUCCCAAACGAGCGAGGAAUGGUGAUUAUGUUUAAUAUAAGUGGUUUUGUAAGUUGAUAUGUUAAAGCAACACAUUGUUUUUUAACCAAUGACCCACUAACUUGCCUCGAUAAGCUAUACAAAAACUAAAGUCAAAUUUGGGAAAAAGCAGAAAAAGUCAAACACAACGUAGGUAUACCUCAGAUUUAAAGAUGCAUACAAUACUUUAAGGGCAUGCUUGUACAAGAAUUCUUAUAUUCUUUGGGUGAUAUCACUCGUCAACGGCAAGAUUGCUGUAGACAGUCAAGCGAUACUGUGAUGCGUUUUCAAUUGUUACGUCAUUAUCAAACGCCGUCAUCUGACUGUAAUUUCAUAAUAUUAUAGGUCACUGAUGUACCCAUGUUAGAUAUGAGGGGUUUCCCUAUUCAUACCAACUGCAUGACGUCACGUCAACAUUCUUUUUGUAAACGAUAGGGAGAACAUGGUACGAGAUAAAGAAUUAUUCACCCCGUUGAGGUGAAAUUGGGAAUCUCAACCUCGGGGAAAGAUUCCAUAAUCUCACCUCUAUGGGGGGAAAGAUUAGAUUUAUUAAACAUGACUGUUCAAUAUCGGACACGUGUAUCUUUGAUGGGCAGAGUUGGAAGGAAAAUAAGUAUUGGCCAAAUGUACUUAAUAAUUUAGAGGAAAAGGAGUUUGUUUAACGUUGUUUUAGCUGCCAUAUUUUAAAUACAUCAUGCAGUGUAGCUCCACUAUUCCAGAUAUUUUACUUUUCAUAAAGAUCUUAACAACAAAUGUGAGGGAUUAAUUGAGGGUGAAGUUUCCUUCAAAAGUAAAUUUCUUGACCAAUGGCGUCCAGAUGUUAUUUGAUGGCCAAAUUCGGGAUGGCGAGAUACAGUACCAGUGCAUCAGUAGAUCAUGUUUUGAAAUAUAUUCUGACGUAGAUAAACUGCUACAGCCCGAGUGUUAACAUAAAAAUUCAGAAAUACAUGAAAAAAUCAAAUAUAUCGACAGUUUAUUACUGUUUUAUUGCUGAAUCAAUAAGAUCCGUAUGACAACAGGUGCUAAGUUUAUGUUCGUGUGUGUACGUGUGAGUUUGUUUAUUGAAUUGCUUUCAGACAGUUGAACUACAAUACUAUGAAUACAUGAAUAUAUAACGUAGGCCAAGAGUUCAAGGUUACUGUAUUAUGAGACAAUAAAGUACGUUAGAUGUGGAAUAUCACGGACAGAAAUGGUCAGUGAUGAUAAAUACAUUAUUAUCAGUAAUAUGUUAGUUUUCGGAUGGUUCCCUCUGGUUUCGUUAUCGUAAUUCUCUCCUUGUUACGACCUUAACAUAGUCUGGGACAACACGGUGAAUGCGUUGCAUGGGGCAUUAUCAUUGUGUGUUGAAAGGCUUAAACAUCCAAUCUCGAUAUCUUUGUAUAAAUACAAAAUUUGAACAACUAGUUGAUUUAAGGUUUAAGCAUUUUUUUCCUAUGGAAUUAUUCAAGGAUAAAUGUUAUAUAGAAGCCUGGGAUAUUAUAAGACUCUAUCAUGCCCAGGGAUGUAGGAUAGGGAAAUUCCACCCGAGGGAUUUUCAAAUUUGGUAAAACCCGAGGGUUUUGCCAAAUUUAAAUAAUCCCGAGGGUGUCAUUUCCCUAUCCUACACCCUUGGGCAAAAAAAAAGAGUAUUUUUCUCUCAUUUCAAUCACCAGAAUAAGCUCAAAAACCAUAAAAAUGCGUUUGAACUGGCCACUAUUUUGAAACUAUCCAUGAGCUUUAUAGAUGAAAACGAGUGUGUACUAACGAGUACAGUACAACCAAUAUACUUUUAGUGAAUCGAAUGACCUAGUUAACUACGUCUGAUUAUUUCUGAUUAUAAAAUUCUGUCAAACUUAUUUCUUUAAUUUUAUGUAAUAUGUGUUUUUUACGAAACGUUUUCAUACCGAAAAAUAGCAGAGUUGUUUAUAUAUAUAUGUUAUACUUGUUUCUAAUUUGCUCAAAUUACAAUUUUGUUUGAAGUUGAAUGAUUGUUUCCAGAUGUUGGCGUCACUACCAAUGUGUGAUUUAUGUCAAUAAAUAGAUUUAAAAGUGAAGGUAGUGACAUAAUAACUCAAAAAUCCUUUGUUUAACCUUAACCUCAUAUUUGAAUGCAAAUAGUUCUAAUGAAAAAUGUGCAAAAAUCCUUGUUUUAUUUUAACAUGUUAUUUCAAAAUUUUAUGUUUCAAAUAGUAACAUUUUUCAGAAAUAAA